UCUAUCCCUUUGCUCAACAUUCAAACACAAAAACUCAGAAAUGGAUAACAAAAAGCCACAUGCAGUGUUGAUUCCAUGUCCAAUUCAAGGCCAUAUAAAUCCAGUAUUCAAACUAGCAAAGUUUCUUCACCUUCAAGGCUUUCACAUAACCUUUGUCAACACCGAAUACAAUCACAAACGCUUGCUCAAAUCAAGGGGUCCAAAAGCCUUUGACAGUUUCACCACUUUUACCUUUGUGACCAUACCAGAUGGUUUAACUCCAAUAGAUGGUAAUGGAGAUGUUAGUCAAGACAUACCUUCUCUUGGUCAAUCAAUUAGAAAGAACUUCCUUCAACCGUUCCGCGAACUUCUUUCUAGACUUCAUGACUCUGCAAGUUCUGGUCUUGUCCCUCCAGUUACUUGCAUAGUUUCUGAUACUAACAUGUCAUUUACUAUAGAAGCUGCUGAAGAAUUUGCACUACCAAAUGUUCUCUUUUUUCCAGCAAGUGCAUGUUCUUUGUUGUGUAUUUUGCACUUUCGUUCCUUUGUAGAGAAAGGUCUCACGCCACUCAAAGGUACUACUAGAUAAAGCUUUUUCUUCAGAAUAUAAUA